GGCCGCGGCGGCGGCGCUGGAGAGGGUGGGCCCGGCCCGGUAGUUCCACUGCGCCGAUGGGGUCCCGCGGCCCCGCCGUGUCGCGCUGCUGCGCCCUCUACGCCGUCCUGGGGGCCCUGGUCUGCGGCCUGCGGCCGGCGGCGGCGAUGGCGGCGAGCGACGAGAGGCGCUCGGCGAGCCCGGUGGCGACCACGCCGUGCUGGCAGGUAGAGGACUUCGUGGUGGCGCAAGAGUGUGCCCGCUGCUCCAGUUUCGAGGUGAAAACGUUACCAGAGUGUGUCCCCACGGGCUUCAUUGAGAAGAUCAGCUGUCCCACCUCUAAGAGGGAGGAGGUCAAAAGCUGUCGCUCCGCAGUGAUGGAAGCGCACGUUUUCUGGAGGUUCGUGGGCACCAUGAUGUGUGUUGCUGCCGUCUUUGCGGUGCUGGUGGUGUGUCGCCAGCGCGUGCUGGACAGGAAGGCCCUGGAGAAAGUCCGCAAGCAGAUCGAGUCCAUUUAGUGGAGCCUGGCUGCCCUGGAGCGAUGGAUUCUGCUCGACCCCUGCUCCCAGCCAUGUGGGAGGAGGAACGGGGUGCCUGGGGCAGGCCCUUCCCUGCUCCGUGCUCACAGAAUCCUGAUGGGAGCUGCCCUCGGAUGCCACCGGGACAUUCCAUGGGGGUGGCUGAGGGGUGCCCUGCCCGCACGGGGGACCCCCAGGGAGCGUGGUGUGUAAUAAAUCCUGAUCGUUGUCA